UGCUAUCUGCUUGCUGCUGUACAGCAUUUCUCUCGAUCUCAACUUGAUAACAGUUUGUUCCAUUUCGUCUAUUAACGCAGACUACAGCGAGCAUAUUGAUAAUAGUUUCUUGAAGUUUGGUAAUAAUAUCAAUUAACAAACAAUGUCUAGCAACGAAGAUUUAGUGAAAAAGUUUGCCGAUGUAACGGGGGUUUCGGAGGAUAGAGCUAAGUUUUAUCUAGAAGCUGCAAACCAAGAAUUGCAGGUGGCAUUAUCUAGCUUCUUUGAGAGUGACAAUGACAACCCGGGAGGAGAUGCCGCGGUCCCUGUAGAUGAUGAUUCAGACGAUAACAACAUGCCAAAUGAUGCAAUUCAGUUUUCUCGUUCGGAUAAUAAAUCGAAGCCUAAAAAACCUCCGCAGUCGUCUAAUAUAACAACACUGUUCAAUUUAAACGAGUCCUCAUCAGAUGACGAUGACGAACAAGGACAAGCGUUCUACGCCGGAGGAUCUGAGCGUUCCGGGCAACAAGUUCUUGGACCUCCCAAAAAGAAUCCGAUAAAGGAUUACGUGUCGGAAAUAUUCCGUUCGGCCCAGCAAGGGAAUUUGGAAACAUUCGAUGCGGAUACAAGUCCUAGCUCAAGCUCAUCGUUGUACGUCGGAACGGGGUAUAGACUUGGGCAAACAGACAGUGAUCAUCAGGCGAUUCCGGAUAGAAAUCGCACUUCGGGGAGUGGAUCCGAUCAUAACCACGAAGUAGUGACGUUGACUCUCUGGCGACAGGGAUUUUCCAUCAACGAUGGAGAACUGCGUCGUUAUGAGGAUCCUGGCAACAAGGAGUUCUUUGAGUCCAUUAUGCGUGGAGAGAUUCCUGCUGAGUUGCGAGCCAGAGGACCUGCGAUGAUACAUUUGGAUUUAAAAGACAACCGCCAUGAGGAUUAUGAGAAGCGCUCCGCGCCGUUCAAAGCGUUCGCAGGAAGCGGCCAAACCUUGGGUAGUCCGGCACCCAAAGUAGUACAAAGUACGCCAGCCGCGGCUAAUCCAGGCAAUAACGAAGAAAAUGAGAAAACUGCUACGUCCGAGUUGGCUGUUGAUGAGAGUCAGCCCAUGACUACCUUGCAGAUCCGACUGGCAGAUGGAUCUCGUUUAUCGGCACGCUUUAAUCAAAGCCACACGGUCGAAAAUAUUCGGCGCUAUGUUACAACUGCCCGACCGCAAUAUGCAACUCAGAAUUUUGCUCUGAUGACUACUUUCCCCAGCAAGGAGCUUUCGGAUGGUUCUCAAACAUUGAAAGACGCAGGACUGCUAAAUGCAGCUAUAUUGCAACGAUUGAAGUAGUAAAUAGUACGAUUCACCUCCAACGUUAAUUCUUGUAAUCGCUGAUUAGCUAGUGUUGUAGUUUAUCUCGGAAAGCACCAACAUUUGGAGGUUUCUCGUUUCAGCGUAAGAAGAUUGUAAUCGUGCAGGCACCAAUUUUCAUUUAAAAUCUUAUGUGCGAUCUUAUAAUAUUAUCUUAAAAUGUAUAAAUU